AUGAUACAGGUUGUAAAUAACGAUCACGAGUUUAGUAAAUAUAUUAAUGAUGCAUACAAAGAAAUGCCUGAAGUUUAUGCUUGUGUGAAUAAAUUGCAAAGUGUUCCUUUACGAGUAAAUAAGAAAAUUUUUGAAAUUUUGAAUACAGCAGUUACUAAAAAUAUUAGAUUAGAAUGUUUACCAGAUUUUAAUUUUGAUGAGUAUAGAAAUUCUAAACAACAACAAUAUGAUGUAUAUCAAACACGACUUAAAACUACAGAUCACGAUGCGAGAUAUUUUUAUCUACUAAGCGAUUUCAUGGAUGCUAACAAAGCUAGAGCUUUGAGUAUAUCGAGAGCUGUAAAACUAGCUAAAAAGUAUCUUAAUGAACCUGAAUUUUACAAUACAAUGAUGUGUGAUUUUAGGGGUAGAAUGUACACUAGUAGCGAAUUAUCAUUCAUGCAACACGAUUGCACCAGAGCUAUGUUAGAAUUUAGUAAAGGGAAAAAAUUAAAAACUAAAUUAGGUGUAGAAGCGUUUAAAAUUCACGGUGCAAAUCUAGCUGGUAAAUCUAAAGAAAGUUACUCGGAUCGUUUAAAAUUUAUCGAUACGAAUGAAAAAAAUAUAUUAGAAGUUGUAAAGGAUCCGAUUGAAAACAAAUGGUGGAUUGAUGUAGCUAAAGAAAAGUCGUGGCAAUUUUUAGCAUUUUGUUUUGAAUAUAAAAAUUAUAAAGAAUUAGGUACUAAGCAUAUUUCACAUCUGCCUAUUCAAAUCGAUGCUACUGCUAGUUUGCUACAACACAUUUCUAUGAUUACAAAAGAUAAAGAGCUAGCAGAAAAAACAAAUUUAAUUAAAAAUGAAAAACCUUACGAUAUUUACACAGAAAUUUUGGAAGAAGCUGAGGCAAUACUACACAAUGAAUAUCACGAAGAACAUGCUGUUGAAUCAGAAUUUGUUUAUAGUGAACAACAUAAAAAAUAUAUAAAAGUACCGACAAAUAAAUUUUAUGCAGGGGUUUGGUCUACUGUUAAAUUAACACGAGAUUUAAUUAAACAAGCCGUAAUAGGAACGGUAUUUGGUGGUGGAAAACAUACGUUAAAAACUUAUAUAUUUAAAGAAUUUUAA